CUUGAGAAGCUCUCAAAUUCCUUUCUUUCUUCCCUUUUCUCCACAUAUACUAAAUCCCAUCCUUGAUUAUCAUGCAAGUACAUCAUUUUUCCUCUUUACCCCAAAAUAACCACUACUAUCAAAAUUCAUUGGAGAUGGAAAGCGUUGAAAGUUGGAGAAAGGAGAGUAUAAGCAGCCAGCUAAAUCAUGGCAUAAAGCUUUCCAAUAAGCUCAAAAAGGAGCUUCUUCAUCAUCACUCAAACUCAAGUGAUUGUGAAUUGUUGAUUGAUAAAAUUAUUUCUUGUUAUAACAAUGCAUUAGAACUGCUCAAUUACACGGAUUCUCUUCACAACGGAGAUUCGACUACUUUGCUUGACUUUAGUCCAACAAGUGAAGUUUCUGACCAGCAGGACCUUAAGGAUCAUGUUCCUAAGAAAAGAAAGAGUUUGGAGAGAUGGAGUGAAGAAGUGCAUGUUUGUUGUGGAACAAGGUCGGAAGAUCAGCUUGAAGAUGGAUAUAAUUGGAGAAAAUAUGGACAAAAAGAUAUUUUGGGGGCUACUCAUCCUAGAUCGUAUUACCGGUGCACUUAUCGCCAUACGCGAGGUUGUUCAGCGACGAAACAAGUACAGCGAGGGGAAGACGACCCUUCUAUCUUGAGGAUCCUCUACAGAGGAAAACACAGUUGUGGUCUAAACCAGAACAAACAAAACGGUGUCGUUUGUGCAGAAACCAACGAAGAAUCCAAACAACUGAAACCUGCAAAUGUUGCAUCACCGCCGUUGAUCAUGUCAGAGCCAACAUCAAUGUCCACGUGUCAGAUCGAUCAGAGCUUCCGAGAUUCAGAGACGUUUCCAGUUAGAGAUUUGGAUUUCUUUAUUGAUUUUGAUGUUCCUUUCUUUGAGGUCUCGUCUGACUGUCUCUCAUAUGUUCAACUAAACAAUAUUUGAUGCUAAA